GUGGUGGAACCUAUAAAGGGCAAGCCCGCUAUUUUUGUUAAAGAUGGGAGAUCUCGGGUGAUGGAGGAGGCCAUUUGGGUGUUGCCCAGCACCACCCAAGGAGUGUCAAACGAGCAAGCUGCCCAGUCAGGCAAGGGGCGAGCAACCCCUGUGGUCUGCAAUGGGCGAGCAGCUCCCAUAUCCACGAUGGGCAAGCGGGCCCUGGGCUU